GCGGAACCUUUGUCACACGGAAGGGGUUGCGACGGGAUCCACUGAGGAGGAACACAGGAAACACCCGUUGAAGAUCGAGUCUCUUCAUUCUCCGCUUGGUUAAAUCGUAGAUUCGUUGAACUCGUAGUCAAACCGCCCCAGUGGAUCUGACAAGAACGAGAGAACAGCGAUGCUGAUCAAAGUGAAGACGCUCACGGGGAAGGAGAUAGAGAUCGACAUAGAGCCCACAGACAAGGUGGAGCGGAUCAAAGAGAGGGUGGAGGAGAAGGAAGGGAUCCCCCCCCAACAGCAGAGGCUGAUCUACAGUGGGAAACAGAUGAACGAUGAGAAAACAGCGGCAGACUAUAAGAUCCAGGGAGGCUCUGUUCUCCACUUGGUCCUUGCGCUGCGAGGAGGACAGGUGCUCCACUCUCCCAGAAGCCUCCACACCAAGCCUGCAUUGUAGCCAUCACUUUGAACCCUGCCUUAGCUUUUGCAAUGCCUACACUGAGAGGAUACACUGAAGACACAAAGCCGGGGGGUCAGAGAGUCACCUGGUGGCACUGGGGGCAACACAGCGCCAGUAUAUGAGGUUCUGUUUGUGGUCGCCCCUUCCCUUCAGUCAGAAAUGCGUUGGCUGCAAAUGUUUCACUCGCUGUUCUAGCGAGACACUCUAUGUUAAAGCGAGGCCGGCAGAAAAAAAACUUCAAAAUUAAACAAGCUGUGGACUAGAUUCACAACCCAGAGUGUAUUUGGCUGCUCUGGAAAACUUAUGGCUUUGUUUUAUUUCUACAGAAGCAGGCAAGGCUGGGUUUCCCUGAGUAUUUACGAAGAGAUGAGGCACUCAGUUUUAAAUUUGCAUCCGCACUGAAUCGCAAACAUUCAUAGAUGUCACUCCCCAAACGUGUCUGCUUUUUUUAUUCCCUGGGAAAUCAGUGAAAAGUUCCAAAAAAUGCCUUAUCUCAUAAUGCUGUGGAAAUUCGCAGAAAAGUAUUCAGCGUUUUUUGCGUAGUGCUGCUGACUCACAAGCUAACAACCAAACGGACAGGGGUGAAAACAUAACAGUAGCAUAAAGGUGCUGCAGGGAAACCCCCACUUGUAUCACAGUCUUCAGAGUGUGACACAAACUAAGGUUUACUUGUUCUGCUUCAUAAAUUAUUUAUUCUAUUUUCUACAAAUUGCCCAAACACAUGUAGUGUAAUUAUCUAAAGCUCCUGUAUCAAAAGUAAUUUUCUCCUAGGCAGCAACCAUGUAGCUCUUUCAGAUCGGUGAAGGCUGGUAACGUUAUAUCUAAAAGAAUAGUUUGACGUUUUGGGGAAAUACCAAAAAAAAAGUUGACAGAUUCAUGUGGAUUUAUUUUAGUUUUCGUGCUGAUUUCACACUUUUACUUUUACUCUUGCGAGAAGUUGAGGAGUUUGCCAAAUAGGGUUCUGUCUGACAGCGGCUUCAGAUGCUGCUCCGUUGUUCAGAGAGCAACGCUGACCUUUGGGAUUGUUUUUGUGUUUGCUCCUCCCCUCCUACACAACUGUGUGAAGCUGGCCUAUGCUGUGGAUGUGAGUAGAAUAAAAUGGUUUUAAUGCUAAAAAA